GAAGAAAAUUACAUCCCCUUGCUUAUGAUCAGCCGUGUACCUUCAUUUGGUGGAUGAUUUCUGAUUUAUGUUAGUCAAUGAUUUUGACGUGAAAAGAUUCCUUUAAUCUGCUCUGGGUUGUGCCGUAGCUUUAGGCGUUGGUCAUAGACCCUACAUUGGAGAACUGUGUGUAUGUGUGUGCGUGUGAAGCUUUGCCAUGGUUCUCUCUGUGCUGCAGAGCUUUGGGAAGAAGCUUCUGCGUGUGAAAGCGGUGGAUUGCAGCACUGAGGAUUCACGCCUUUCACGAUGUCUCAACACGUUUGACUUGGUGGCACUGGGUGUGGGCAGUACCCUCGGCGCUGGCGUGUAUGUGUUGGCAGGCGCUGUAGCUCGGGAAAAUGCCGGCCCUGCCAUUGUGCUCUCGUUCCUCAUUGCUGCUCUGGCCUCGGUCAUGGCUGGUCUGUGUUAUGCUGAGUUUGGAGCACGAGUGCCCAGGACAGGGUCUGCAUAUCUGUAUAGCUACGUGACUGUGGGAGAACUGUGGGCCUUCAUUACCGGCUGGAACCUCAUCCUGUCAUACGUCAUAGGGACAUCCAGUGUAGCUCGAGCCUGGAGCGCUACAUUCGACGAGCUCAUAGGAAAACAAAUCGAGAUGUUCUGCAGGAACCACAUGAGCAUAAACGCACCGGGGGUUUUAGCCGAGUACCCAGACAUAUUCGCUGUGCUCAUCAUCCUCAUCCUGACUGGGCUGCUGGCAUUUGGAGUGAAGGAGUCUGCUAUGGUGAAUAAAGUGUUCACUUGUGUCAACGUGCUGGUGCUGCUGUUCGUCGUGAUCGCGGGGCUGAUCAAAGGAUCAAUCAAAAACUGGAACCUGAAUCCAGAAGAGAUUCUUAACAGAAGUUUGAGUGCAAAUGAAACAGCAUUGCCUUCACGUGACAGUCUGGGAGAUGGAGGCUUUAUGCCAUUUGGCAUCACUGGGGUUCUCUCAGGCGCUGCUACCUGCUUUUAUGCUUUUGUCGGGUUUGAUUGUAUCGCUACUACAGGAGAGGAGGUGAAGAACCCACAGAGGGCCAUCCCUAUUGGCAUUGUGUCCUCACUGCUCAUCUGCUUCGUGGCCUAUUUCAGCGUGUCUGCAGCUCUUACUGUAAUGAUGCCAUAUUACAUGUUAGAUAAAAACAGCCCACUGCCCGUGGCCUUUAAAUACGUGGGCUGGGAUGGUGCUACGUACGCGGUGGCAGUCGGAUCGCUCUGUGCGCUCUCCACCAGUCUACUAGGAUCCAUGUUUCCAAUGCCCAGAGUUAUAUGGGCCAUGGCUGAGGACGGGCUGCUUUUUAAGUUCUUGGCAAAGAUCAACGACAAAUCCAAAACCCCUUUAAUGGCCACUCUAACCUCAGGCGUUGUGGCAGCUGUGAUGGCUUUCCUGUUUGACCUGAAGGAUUUGGUGGAUCUCAUGUCUAUUGGGACAUUGCUGGCGUACACCCUAGUGGCUGCUUGUGUCUUGGUUUUGAGGUACCAGCCGGAGCAGCCCAGUGUGAAUGUGCAAUAUCAGAUCGCGGGGACUCAAGAUGACACUGAGCCAGACUCCAUUAGUGAUAGCAGCUCAAAUUACCUAACUAAAGCUCAAGACGAGUGCACGCUCAGGAACCUGCUUUUCCCUAAAAACACAGACCCCUCACGGCUGUCUGGGUUCACUGUCAACAUCUGCACCAGUAUAAUAGGUGUGUUGGUGUGUGUUUUCUGUAUUGUAGCAGUACAGGGUGCCUUUCAGGUCUGGUCUCUAGCUAUGUUGGGAGUUCUUGCUGCAGUAUGUCUCCUAUUCACGUUGGUAAUCUGGCGGCAGCCUGAGAGUAAAACCAAGCUAUCCUUUAAGGUUCCUCUGCUCCCUUUCCUGCCUGUGCUCAGUAUGUUCAUUAAUGUCUACUUGAUGAUGCAGCUGGACAGAGGCACCUGGCUUCGUUUUGCUAUCUGGAUGGCAAUUGGGUUCUUCAUUUACUUUGCUUACGGGAUCAGAAACAGCACGGAGGCCACAUUGGCCAGUAAUAUAACAGAAGAUGACAACUCCUGUGUGUCAGGCAAACCAGUGUGUAGAAUAAAUGGACCUCCAGCCUCAGAGAAAGAGGCCUUUCUCCCCCAUAGUGUCAAUGCAAACGAGGAGGAGGAAGAGGACAGUGACUCCUAAGGAUGCUCUAAUGCCUUCUGGUCUUGUUUUGUAGAGAAAUGAACAGGACAGCUCGGCUAUUCGCAGACAGAAGGUUACAGACCUGUCGUUUUGCGAUGCCAAGGUCUAGAGCAUUUUCAGAAUCAGAGCUUUAUUGGUUAUGUUCAUGAGUUUGACUGUGAUAAGUAUUGCUGACUGUGAUCAGUACCAGCUGUGCGUGUGUCUCAGAUUCUUUCAGUACUCAUGAAUACAGAAGUACUGGGUGCUAUUUUGUCUGACAAAUUACUUGGUUUUAAAUUAUGUUGCCAAAUUGUUUUCCUUUAGUAAGUUAUGAAAUGUUUCGUAUCAUGUAUAUUGCUGAAUCAUGUAUAAGUUGCUCAUGAGCCGAGGCUGUGUGUUGAGUGUUUCUCUGUCCUGGGUGUGUAUCUGGGCUUGUACUAUCAGAGAGGACACUCUGGUUUUUACUGCAAUAUUUUGUUCUUCCCUCAUCAGCUUUAAGUAUGACUGUGUGCACUUCCUUAUCUUUGAAUGUCUCUCCGCUACACCUCCAGCUGCUGUGCCAUAGAUUUAAACGUUCAAGUUUUUCUCAUCAGGUCAGAUGGCUUUUCCUGAGGGAAAAUGGAUUCAUUUUUGCAAUUCAGUCUUUUCUGUGCAAAUACAGGGGGAGGAUGGAUAAAACAAACUAGCAUUAUCAAGAAAGAGGCAGUAAAGAUGUUGGAAAUCGGGAGAAUGUAGAAUGAGCAUUAAUUGAGUGCUUUGGUCAAACUUUCUAUAGGGUUAUAGGGUUGUUUUGUUCUGUAAUAUAAAUGGUUACUAAUAGGUAAGAAUUGCAGUGCCUUGAUAUUUUUCCUCUAAUGGUCUAAUAAUGUGUGUGUGUGUGUGUUUUCUUCAUCUUUUUGUAUUGUGAUGUGACGGUCUGUGGAUUAAUGUAUUAUUUAUGCUGCAUCCUACUUUAUUUGAGCCACCUACUACUUCUGUCUAUUCACACCAUGCUUUCUCUUUUAAAUAUCUCAUACAUGGAACUUUGUGUGUGUCAUUUUUAGAUUGCAUAAUAAUUCCCCCCAAAAUACUACAAAAGUACCCUUACACUUUUAGGAGUAAUUAUUUAUGAUCUAUCCCCUUUGAGGGAGACCUUUAACAGUUCUUUGCAGAACACUAUCAAAAUGUGCGUGGAUCUUUUUGACACAGAUGGGUCUUUCUGACAUCAUUAUUUGCAGAAUGUAUAGAAUUACCAGCUGUAUAUAUAUAUAAUGUAUAUAUUGUAUUCUGUCCUAAUAAAUUAUUUACUU